AUGAUAAACAACAUCACUUUGUCUCUGCAACGGCUUGAUCCUAGAUACCAUAUUGUGAAAAAGGUUUUGGUUGGAAACUUAAACGUGAAAUUUAUCAAAAAGAACCGGACCGAUCUACGCAAUCAAAGUUUCAUAUUCAUCGGCGCACCCCACAGAGUACGUGUAUGCAGCAUCCCCGAUUGCAAUGUUAUUGUUCAAGAAUCAACCAAUAAAAGGUACCCAUACGAAAGACAGUACGACGUAGUUGACAGAAUAAUCCUAGGAGAGAUACUAAACCAUAUACUUGGUAAUGAAUUGUCUCCAAAUAUUUUGUUGGCUUCUUCAUAUUCAGAUUUUACUCUACCAUUACAACUUUUGAGGUGA